AUAGUAGACAGCACUCUUGUCAAAACGAUCACAUGGAUCUGCGAUAAUGACUGUCAUUUCUUUUUAGUUAAAUACUGUCACAUAAACACUGUGAAUGAUUCAUUAGUAAAUGAUGGUAAAGGCUGUCUAACCAAUCAGGUGAAGUCUUAUCAGUGGAGACCCAUCCCCCAUAGCACAGGAUGGCAUGGUAACCUCUCUGACCUUUAUUUUAUUCAGUCUUUGUAUGAAAACAGAGUCAGAUGUUCUGAGUAACACAUUCAUCAUAUAAAUUUUCUUGUGGCCUUUAUGCUGCGCUGUUGGCGUUUUUGUGAGCUGUGGCUUAUUUCUAUUUUUCAAAUUGCCAGUAUGCCAGCCAGACGCUGUUUGAUUUGUUAAUGUAUAGACAGAGCCCUUUUCUAUUUCAUUUCUUCAGUGUCUUUUGUUCAGAUGUUUAAAUCCAAGAAAGUGAAAACCUGGCUUGAACCGCUGGUCACUUUAAUGUUUUCUCUCUCUGUGAGCUGCUUAGAAACACUCGGAGUCCAGGUCUGCAGUGAAAGAGCGUAAAAGAGAGAGGCCUCUUUAUAGGUGAAGGGAUUGCCCAGGGCCACAGCGCCCAGAAUCUGAAGGAGAGCAGCAGUUAUCCAGGCAGGACUAAAGAUCAGGAUGGAGAAGGAAGAUCUGAAGAUUAUCAACAAGGGUUUGGAGGAUGAGAUGGAGCUGAGCGGGUAUCGGCUGUGCCGAUGGAAGGUGGUUCUGGUGGGUUUGGGUGGUCUCUGUACGGGCGGUUUUCUCUUCCUGCUGCUUUAUUGGAUGCCUGAAUGGUGCGUGAAGGCCACCUGCACACGGACCACCGUCAGAGACGCAGACGUCGCCCUCUUACGAAGCACCGACGAGUUCAAGCGGUGGUUUCGAGCGAGGAUUCGAAUAAUGCUGGCCCCUGGGAAGGACCCUUACGACAACCUGGCCUCUCAAACCGCCUCCCCUCAGGCCAAUGACCACGCCCACAACCCCUCUGACUCUGCCCCUGGGAAAAUUACCAGGAAUCCAGAGGACCAGCAUGUGCCGAGACGUUAUUUUACCCUCCACAGCACUAAAUACUUUUGGAACGACCCCAUUCAGAACUUUGAAGUAUUGAAAGGCCUGGAAGAUCUGAGCAUGACCUGUUCAUCCGUUCACUCAAAGCACAGUGCCGGGCUCAACAAAAACCAGCAGGAGUACAGGAGAUUUUUUUUCGGACUGAAUGAAAUAGACGUGAAAGUGCCUUCUCUUUUCAAGCUGCUAAUUAAGGAGGUCCUCAAUCCUUUCUACAUCUUCCAGCUCUUCAGUGUUAUUCUGUGGUGUACUGAUGAAUACUAUUACUACGCAAUGGCCAUAGUUGUCAUGUCAGUCAUAUCAAUAGCUACCUCUCUCUACACUAUUAAAAAGCAAUAUGUAAUGCUACACGACAUGGUGGCAGCACACAGUACUGUUCGAGUUACAGUCUACAGGGGCAAAAACGAAACAGAGGAAGCCCUGUCCACAGACUUGGUCCCCGGCGACGUCAUCGUCAUCCCCAGCAACGGGACCAUCAUGCCCUGUGAUGCAGUGCUCAUCUGUGGAACCUGCAUUGUUAAUGAGAGCAUGCUUACAGGUGAGAGUGUUCCAGUCACAAAGACUGACCUUCCAAACCCUCAACGGGACAAGAAGGGUGGGGAUGGAGACGUGAUCUACAGCACAGAGGAACACAAGAGACACACGCUCUUCUGUGGCACAAACGUCAUACAGACCCGCUACUACACAGGAGAAAUGGUCAAAGCCGUGGUGGUCCGCACGGGUUUCAGCACUGCUAAAGGGCAGCUCAUCCGCUCUAUCCUGUACCCAAAACCCACAGAUUUUAAGUUGUACCGGGAUGCCUACCUGUUCCUGCUGUGCCUGGUGGCCGUUGCCAGCGUCGUCUUUGUCUAUUCUUUGGUCAUGAAAAUCAUAAAUCAGGAACCAGUAAAGGAAAUCAUAGUCAAGUCUCUGGACAUCAUUACUAUCACAGUGCCCCCUGCGCUGCCGGCAGCCAUGACAGCGGGCAUCGUCUAUGCUCAGCGGCGCCUCAGGAAAGUCGGGAUAUUCUCCAUCAGCCCACAAAGAAUCAACAUCUGUGGGCAGCUGAACCUGGUGUGCUUUGACAAGACCGGCACUCUCACAGAAGAUGGCUUGGACAUGUGGGGAAUUCAACGAACAGAAGACGGCAGAUUCCACCAUUCAGAAGAAAAAGCAGACGAUAAGAGCUUAGUAACAACCAAGUUUGUGUCCUGCAUGGCCACCUGUCACUCUCUCACCAAGAUUGAGGGUCAGCUCUCUGGAGAUCCACUAGACCUCAAGAUGUUUGAGGCCACAGGCUGGAUAUUGGUGGAAGCUACAGAAGAGGAGACGGCUCACCACGACCGCAUUGAACUCACUUACGUAAAACCACCCAAUCAGCUUCUGCCACCACCAGUCAUAUCACCUGAACAGGACAUGGAACUGUCUGAACUCUAUGAGCUCUCGGCAUCAUAUAUGAUCGGUAUUGUGCGGCAGUUCUCCUUCUCCUCCGCUCUGCAGAGAAUGAGCGUGGUUGUCCGUCAGAUCGGAGAGAGACGUAUGGACGCCUAUCUGAAAGGAGCUCCAGAGGUUGUGGCAAGCCUGUGUAAGAAAGAAACAGUACCAGAAGAUUUUGCAGAGGUUCUGGAGGACUACACCAAACAGGGCUUCCGGGUCAUCGCACUGGCACACAGACGGCUGGAAUCCAAACUUACAUUUCACAAAGUGCAGAACAUUAACCGCGAUCAAAUUGAGAAAAAUAUGGAUUUUCUGGGUUUGAUCAUCAUGCAGAACAAGCUGAAAACGGAAACGCCAGGUGUGCUGGACGAUCUACGACGUGCCAACAUACGCACUGUUAUGGUCACAGGUGACAACAUGCUGACGGCCAUCUCUGUGGCACGAGACUGCGGCAUGAUUCAGCCACAAGACCGAGUAAUUAUUGCCGAUGCUUUGCCCCCUAAAGAUGGCCAGGCUGCCAAGAUCACCUGGCACUAUGCCGACAAACCCAGCAAACUCUUGAACAAGCCCACCAAACUAGAGGAGAUGGAGAUUAUUAUGGAAGAUGGGCAUUCUGUGGAUGAGAUGAAAACUCAGGAACAGUAUCACUUUGCCAUGAGCGGCAAAUCAUUUGCUGUGAUUACUGAGCAUUUCCAGGACCUGCUACAGAAGCUGGUGCUUCAUGGAACAGUAUUUGCAAGGAUGGCACCUGACCAGAAAACUCAGCUUGUUGAGACAUUAGAAAGUGUAGACUAUUUUGUUGGAAUGUGUGGAGACGGAGCAAAUGACUGCGGGGCACUGAAGAGAGCUCAUGCUGGGAUCUCUCUGUCAGAGCUGGAGGCUUCAGUCGCUUCUCCAUUUACCUCCACAACUCCCAGCAUCACCUGCGUGCCCAAUCUGAUCAGGGAGGGCAGAGCGGCUCUCAUCACCUCCUUCUGUGUGUUUAAGUUCAUGGCUCUGUACAGUAUUAUUCAAUGCCUCAGUGUUGCCCUUCUCUACUCCAUUCGCAGCAACCUGGGCGACUUCCAGUUUCUCUUCAUCGACAUGGCCAUCAUUCUUCUAAUUGUCUUCACCAUGAGUUUGAAUUCCGCGUGGAAGGAGCUUGUCGCCCAAAGACCUCCCUCCGGUCUCGUCUCAGGUCCUCUCCUCUUCUCAGUUCUGACCCAGAUUCUCAUUUGCCUGGGUUUCCAGAUCAUGGCCUUUCUCUUGAUCCAAGAAUUAGACUGGUACUCCAAACCAGAUUUCUACAACUGCUCUGCUCCCCAUCACAUGGAUAACUCCACUGAAGAAGAGAAAGAAGAAAGAAUCAUGAAUGAUGUGAAUACCACGCUCUUCUUCAUCUCCUCUUUUCAGUACCUCAUUGUUGCCAUUGUUUUCUCCAAAGGAAAGCCUUUCCGCCAGCCCAGCUACAAGAACUGGCCAUUUGUACUCUCUGCUUUAAUUCUCAUCGUUUUCCUGUUAUUCAUCAUGUUUGUCCCAAUCUCUGGAAUCUAUGAAUUUUUAGAGCUCGUAUGUGUUCCUUUGAGCUGGCGUGUGUCUAUGGUGCUCAUCGUGCUGGUCAACACCCUAGUGUCUGUCUUCAUCGAGACCGUCGUGCUUGACGUCAUCUUAUGGAAGCAUGUGUUCAGCAGAGACAAGCAGGGCAGCUAUGGCGUCUCCCCUGCAGGCCCGACACCACAGGGAGGAAUAGACAUGUUUGGAACGAAAUGCCUCUCCUGGCUCUGCUGCCGGCAGAAAAAAGUGCCCAAGGCUCGGUACAUGCACCUGGCCCAAGAGCUGAGCGUGGAUCCCGACUGGCCUCCCAAACCUAAGAGCACUACUGAAGCCAAACCCAACCCUCAUCCAGACGACUGCUCCUACCAGAUCGAAGCCGUUUCCUAGCGUUUCCACCAACACACUCCGUAUCGCAUGUCCAAACCACCAGGGAUACCUUUAAACAAAUGAAGCACUGUCAAAUAUAACGAUUUUGUUAAAAGAGAUAUGAAAAAGACACCAAAAACCUGCAAAGGAGAGUUUGUAUUAACACCUCAAAGAUAUCUCGAGGUGAUUCAUUGUCUCUCUUCUUUGAUUUUUAUUUUUUCUUCCUGCUGCUCAAGAUUGUUUUUUUUGGGGGGGGGGGGUUGUGGGCGGGGUUCACAGGCUGGGAACUGUGGAAGCUCCGCCCACACGGGAAUGCGGUUUGUCACCGAUAUCCCCUUAAGACAUCAUGUAGACUGCAAAGUGAUUGAACUCUACCAAAUGUGGCUCUUUACAUCACCUUCUCCGUGAUUUCAUGGACCUGGUGGCUCUCCUACGGAUAUCAGCUCUUCACUGGAUUUCAAGCAACGUCCUCUUAUGUAGUCUGUAGCGUAUCAUCUCUACAGGCUGCGCAGCAGGGGCUGCAUGCAAACGCUUUGGAAACCAUCGCUGCAUGCGGAACAAACCAAACUCUAGUGGCUCACAGAAUCCAAGAUCCAGCUUCAUUUACAGCCAGCUCGUUUUUACAAAUAUAUCGAGGUAGAGAUAUAUAUAAUUACACAUGAUCUUUACUUUUCAUAUCUCUUCCCAUGGAAGAAUCAAGGUGGGAUUCAGGUGAGGAAGGCCAAACAUUGUGAAAGUUGUUUGUGUUUUGUUCACCUCUCCUGGCGCAGUAUCCAGUGAUGGGUUUCGAUUUGGUCCAUCCUGAAACUUUUUACCAAUUUUUUUUUUCAUGACAAGUCCUGGUUUAUUCAGCAUCAUCAUUUUUGCAAUGACGCAUUUCUAGGAAUUGCAUUGGUAAUCAGCUGGAAGGGGCUCAGGUGCAUUGAUUGUUCACAAAGAAAUUUAGGGCACAUUCAUUAGGAAAAAGUACAAAUGAUAGAGCGUUAAACUGGAGUCUUUGUUUAAGGUGGGGACUAUCUGAAAAUGGUAUGUUCAAAUUUUGCAAUCCAAAUCAAAUCAGGCUGCCAAUGAAAUCACUCAAAAUUGGCCUCAUAACAGUAUUACUUGUGCAUGACUUAUAUUAACAGUUUUGCUGCUAAUCUAUGAAAAAAGGAACUUUUUUUUAAAAUCCUAAAUAACAAACUGAAGGUUCGAAAUGUUGCAGUUGAUCCCUUCCCUUCUUCCAGAUGUGAUUUACUUACAUAAUUUAUGCAAUGCAGUUCAACUAUCCUCAACUUGCAGGCUUGCCUCAGUGUUUUUUUUUUUGGUUUAUUUGUUUGUUUGGUUUUUGAAGGAAAACGUGUUUGUAUUUUUACUUAUGGUGUUCCUGAAAUGAACCACUAAACAGUAUCAGGUGGUCACCUUUGUUUGAUCUCUGACAGUUUGUAUUGUCGCUCAUCUAAAAAUCCAAGCCAUUGAUAGUCCAUGUGAAGUUUUGGUCAGUCACUUCACUUAGGUUGGUGUCUUUGUUUUUUUUUUUUUUUUUUUACAUUUUAAUACACACACACACACAAGAAGUUUCGAAUGGAAAAUAAAUGAUAGUAAAAUUUUACUAUUAAAAAAACAAAAAAAAAACAAACAGUUUCAUGUCUAUUGGGCUUCUCUUUAUUUAAUAAAUAAUGUGAGGUAAUAAAAUUUUGUAAACAUAUUAAAGAUAUGUUCUACACAAACCUUAUACAAAAACCUUCUACAAAAAGUUCAUACAGUAAAUCUUACAAUCUGAUCAUAGGUUUUCUUCCAUGUUUGUUUAUUUAUUGUUUGGACUUCAAAUUCAUGUUGAUUUAUUUUUAAUUCUUCAGUUUAAUCUGAAAAAGGGCUGAAUCUGUCUCUGUAUUUAUUGCUCCAUUUCUGCAAUACUUUGGUACUGUUUUAUGAAAUGGUAUUGAUCAUCUGAAAUAAUUGCAGUGUGUUCUUUUCAACCGUGUUUGUCCGAUAUUGUGUCCGUAUGUUUGUUUAUAUCAUAAAUGCGUGUUUUCUGGGCAUUCCUUGAACGAGGCAACAAAAAAUAAAUAAAUCACCUUACUGUUAUUGACCUUGGUGAGACGAUCAAUUACAUGAUGUAUCAGUUUUGUAAACUACCACCUCAAAGCAUCAGCUCACACCAUCUACUGACCCCGGAUGGAUAAACAAACACAACAAUCUUUUAAAAAGAAAAAAAAAACCUGUAUGUCCUUAACAAAUGUGAACACAAUGCUGAAUGAUUUGGGAAUUGGGGAAUGUUAAAUUAUUUUAUUUUUUAAUUAUUGUUCUUGUUAAUGCUAAGUUUAUUUUUUUUUUUUUUUUUUUAUUUAAAUGGUUUUGUUCGUCUUGAUCUGAACUGUGUGAUGUGGCAAUCAGUUUCUCUUCCUCUAGGAGGCAGUAGGUUGCUGCUAGGCCUUGGAGAACAUCGUUAAAUCCUGUCACAAUAACAAACCUGCACAUUUGUAUUGGUUUUGUUCACUUUUACAUCUUCAAAUGUAAACUUUUUCUUUUUUUUUCACAACCGGGGCAGUGUUCAUGUUAUCUGUCAUAUCUGCAGUUCACACAGGAAUAAGAGUGUUUGAUUACUGGAGGUUAUUCAGUACACAAUGUUACUCCUUGCUUUCGUUCAUUUUGUACCGUAUGUCAUAUUCAUUGUCAUUUGAGAACGGUGUUAUCAAACGUGAACAAAAGAUCAGCCACUGGUUCUUUUAAAGCUGGAGUGGUUAAUUUCCUCAGGGAAAUGUGUGUAUUUGUAAUGAUUAAUGCUAAAUAAAUGAGUAUGGAAAAGUAA